CCUCCUCCUCAUACCAAUCCAAAGCCUCCAUUGCAUAGGAUAAACACUCCCAACCCUUCAACCACAGCAGCAAAGCAUCUCCAAUUAAAACAGAAACAACAAAAACAAAAACAAAAACAACCCUCUGUUGCUGAAAUCGAAAAAGUAAUAGGCGCCGGUGUUUUUCGGGACAGAGACACCAGCAACAGGAAUUCGGAACAGGGCAAGACUCUGUUUGAUUCAAUCUUUUCGAAUUCAGUGGGAGAGUCUGAGGGGCCUGUGGAAAGGAAGCUCCGGGAGACUGGAGAGUGGAUCAUUGAUCGGACUGAGAGAUCUUCUAACUCAAUUGGGAAAAAUAUUUUGAUGGCCGUCUUCCAAUUCGUUCUACCAAUUUGGAUUUUGUCAUUUCUAGUAGCUUCUGGGAUCGUAAAGCUUCCAUUCAGUACCCCUUUUCUUGAUGACCUAAUUAUGUAACAACAAAUUUCAUUUUUUUCCAACCCCAUUUGAUACAAAUUAUAUUUUGUGAAUUUGUAUAAUAAAUUAUGACCUCAUAUCUGAAAUGGCAUCUAUCUAACAUAAGGCUUCUGAGAUUUGCAUCCA